CAGAGGUCCGAGUUGUUCCCACUUCAAUUUUCCAAGCUUUUCUUCCACCAUGUGCAACACCCGUCCCCGGCAGACUAACUCAAAUCUUUUGACGAACACUGAGCCAAGAACGAAUUGUGAUACCAACAAAAUGAAGGCAUCCGUGUCGAAAUCUGACCGUUGCCGCUUGACUAGGCAACGCGAACACUCGCGUUCCAAUGUCGCGGAAGAACCUUCCAAGCGAACCUUUGUUCAGCAUAUUUACCAUGACCAUAUGAACGACCCUGAGCAGGUGGAUGCAGAUUCUCCGGUUAUUCAUGGUCUGGACAAUGCAGGCCCCCGAGGUCCGCGCGGUGGCGUUACAGUAGCCUUCCCUGAAAAGCUCCAUGAAAUGCUUGCAACCACUGACGCGGAUGACUUCAGUGAUGUCAUUUCGUGGCAACCUCAUGGGCGCUGCUUCUUGAUUCACAGGAAACGAGAUUUUGUGGAGGAUAUUAUGCCAAGGUUCUUCCAUCAAACUAAAUUGACUUCGUUUCAGCGCCAACUCAAUUUGUAUGGUUUUAUCAGACUGACUGCCGGUCGCGAUCGAGGAGGCCCACUAAGUUUAUCAUUUUUGCUUGCCGCCCCAAGUUAUUACCAUGAAUUGUUUCUGCAGGGACGUCCUGAUCUUGCAAAGCAAAUUGUACGCACAAGAAUCAAAGGGAACGGUAUGAAGGCCGCUUCGUCGCCAAGUACGGAGCCCAACUUCUAUGUUAUGGAUUUCUGUGAUGGCACCACCACCUCCGUUCCAAACACAGUGAAAGUUUGUACUGUGAAUUCCGAAGGGGUUGAUGAAUCUGAGGUGAAAUACGGGAUGCAGGACAUUUCCGAACCUAUCAAGGCUGAAACUUUUGUUCGCUUUCCCGAUUGGGUCACAGAGAUCUCCACGGGGUUACCCGAGCCGCUACCGAAGCUGAUCUCACCUCCCUCUUCGCCGCACCAAGCAUCAAAGCCUUAUAAUACCGUCAGCUCAAACUCAUUCGGAAUGUCCAGUGUUGAUUCGGUAUCUAACUUUCUGUCUCACCCAUUCCGCUCAACGAGAACGAGUGAGGAAUUCCCAACCUUGACGAGCUUUGAUGAUAACUUUGCUUCGAUAGAGGAGAGCUGGGUCGUUGCUGACGAACCUCACACGGGUGACGAAGUUUUCUUCGAAGGAAACAAAUUUAGAUACUUGGAUCAUAUUGAUUUCGAAGAGGUUUUUGGUAAUUUCAUGAGAGACGAGAAUUCAGUCGCCUGUGUCUGAAAUAAAUCUUGUACUAAGUGUCGUUAAAGACUAUAGAGAUGUGUGGCAAGAAUUGAUUGGGAAGCAUUAACAUCAGAGAGAUAUGAUCAACAAAGAGAGGGUCAAAACGGUUGCGAUACAUGGCUUCUGAAUUGUCUUUCUUCCUAUGAAGGUCUUAAGCCUCCAGUGAAAAACCAUUUGCCGCUUGUUUCUUGAUUUCAGGAAAAUUGAAUAUCUUGUCCUCGAAAAAGUUCUUCCUUCUUUCAUUAAUCCGUGACAGAUGAUUAUUUGCCUGGUAUAGCAUGACAACAUGCUUCAUAAGGAUCCUGUGCGUUCGACAGCGAUCUCCUCACAUGGUUUCGUACUAAGGAAAGGAAAGUCGACGCUCUACAACCCAAACUCCAAGCCAUUGGUCGCUCUGCGGCAAAAGGAAUGUCAUGACUCUGAUAGGGAUUUAACGUAGGCAAUUGUCAUGUGAUUUGU